UGUCAAGCAGAGAGCACGUCUGUCGCAUACACUCUGUGAUGUUCACGCGAAAGACGAAAUGUGAUGUGCGUGAAUAGUGUACAAUAGAAAUUUGAAAAUAGAACAUUCUAAUUUCACGAGAAAAUUUUGUAACCGUGGUUAAAAGUACUGCGUCUUUAAAAGCACUUGUAUUCGUGAUGACAAUAAGCCAGUGUUCAACUGUGAAUGUAAGUUCAAAAAAUGUGUUUAAAAAGAUAAUAAUCGCAAAUAAUUAGGAUGUGAAACCAUGUUGGAAUGCGUGCGUCGCGAUGGCUCAGUGGUACACGCGACGGACAACGGAUGUUACUGUUUUAAGCUGCUGUUUUUGCUGACCAUUGUGCUUUUAUGCGUAAGACCAGCACUACCAGGCGGUGUAUCGCUAGGCGCACAUUUGGUUUGCGCGAGAGUGGCGGGAUUAACAGACAAGCAACGUGCCAUGUGUCGAUCUUCCCCCGCCGCCAUUGCAGCCGUAGGUGAUGGUUUGAGAAUGGCGUACGCAGAAUGUCGAAACCAGCUUGGAGGCUAUAGGUGGAACUGCACCGGCAUUGGCGAUGGGAAUGACUUCGGCCACGUCAUGCCUUUAGCAACCCGUGAGGCAGCAUUCACAUAUGCGAUAACAUCGGCUGGCGUGACGCACGCACUCAGUACAGCCUGCGCGAGAGGGGAUCUACCGGCUUGUGGAUGCUCAUCAAAUAGGAGACGAGCUCCAAGUCCGUCAGAUCAGUUCCACUGGGGCGGCUGUGGCGAAUCAGCGUACGGUGCCCGGUUCGCACGACGAUUCCUGGAUUCACGUGAAAUAGAAGCCGAUGCUAGGAGUCUCAUGAACCUCCACAACAACCGAGUUGGAAGGAAGUUUUAUUUACAGAUAGUAAAGGAUUUAGUUCGACGCGAGUGCAAAUGUCACGGUGUGUCUGGAUCGUGUGCCCUGCGCACAUGUUGGCGCGCUUUGCCGCCAUUUCGCGCUGUUGGCGCUGCGCUGAGGGAAAAGUAUCACCGCGCGAGACUGGUAACACCCCACCCUCCGCCUGCCACACAUGCACCACAGACGCAUUUGGUGAUACGAAGGCCAAGACAGAACGCAGGCAUUGGCAGGCAACCAAGAAAAUCUGAACUGGUUUUUCUGGAACCAUCUCCUUCCUACUGUGAAGCGGAACCAAUGACAGGUUCCUUUGGGACACAUGGGAGACACUGCAAUCGAACAUCUCGGGGUGAAGACGGAUGUGAAACUCUCUGUUGCGGAAGGGGUUACAACACAAUACAAUCUGUGGAAGAAACAAAAUGUCGAUGUAAAUUUCACUGGUGUUGUCGCGUUUCCUGCGAAAAGUGUGUAACGCGCACGGAAAUUCACGUGUGCAAGUGAACAUUUUUAACGAUGGCAACAUAUUUAUCGAAUAUAAAAAUUGUGCACGUUUUGGUACUUAACACGAAUUGUAUUAAGUGAGUUUACUAAUUACUUGUAUCUACGUAGAUUUUAUUGUAAUAUAUAAUUUAUAAUAUUAUUGGUACCUUAAAUAUUUAAGUGUUAUAUAUCAUUACAUAAUAAGAUGGAUUUUUCACAUUUAUACAUUCAGUAGUUUAAUCCUAUCCUUCAGGUUUUUGAUGACGAUUGUUAAAACAUGAAUACCUAUUUUUAUACUAUCGUUAUUCAUUAAAACUUAAUUAUAAUUACACCAGUUUAACUCACGUGCCUACUCGAUUAUCUCUUUUCGUCACAGUGUAAACACGGUUAGUAAGAAAGAGAAAAAGAAUUUAGUUUUUAUAUAGGAGAACAAUUUUAGUAAAUGUGAUUUAAUGCUUUUAAAUUUCAAGGUUCUAUCGUUCUUUACAAUUUUCUAUUUAUUCACCUCUAUUUAAAUAUCACUAGGAAUGUAAAACUUAAUGAAGUAUUUUAAAUGUAACUUCUAGUAUUAAUGUAAAUAUGCCACCAGUAUUUUUCUUUAUAUGCAUGUAACGCGUUUGUAUAGACUAAGCGGCUUAAGAAAUCUCUAAAAUAAU